AUGGAUCCGAUUCAAGAAGCGAUUGAAUAUAUCGAAUCGCGCGAGCCAGGAGAUGAUUUCUCGUAUAACAAAGUUGCUGCCCAGUUUGGUGUUGAGCGCAGUACGCUCGCCCGAAGACACCAGGGUGUGCAGGAGCGGAAGGGCGUCUCCCAUCGAUCCCUACACCCAGAACACGAAGCCGAGCUUGUACGAUAUAUCGAAACGCUUACCGAGAGACGUUUGCCACCUACAAAAGUCAUGAUACAGCAGUUUGCCAGCCAGUUGGCUGGCAAACCGGUCUCCGAAAGCUGGGUUGCCCGGUUCCUCCGCCGUCAUCCCAACCAUCUCAUCUCUCGCUCGGGCAAAGCUAUGGCCAAGGAGCGUACAAAAGCUGAUUCAGGGGCAAAG